CUACGAUUUAAAAACCUAGACACAAAAAACCCUUUUUCUGCUUUGGAACUGAAACGGCACGGCCGAGCGGAAGAGAGCCUUCUCGCUUCGGUCAUCAGGAAACGAAGUUGAGUGGUUUCCCAUGAUUUGGGGGAAACCCUAAUCGAAUCCGUUUCCAAAUUUGCGCCUCCGAGGUUUGACGGUUCUUCCUAGACCCCAGGGUACUGCUCUUGGACUGUAGGUAAGAUGUGUCGUCAAGAUUCUCGUAUCCAGUUAUCUGCAGAGGAGGCAAUUGCUGCUGAGGAGAGCCUUUCAAUAUAUUGUAGACCCAUUGAGCUCUACAAUAUUAUACAGCGUCGAGCUAUAAGAAAUCCAUCCUUUCUUAAAAGAUGUUUGACCCACAAGAUACAGGAAAAACACAACAAGAGGUUACUGAUGACCGUAUCGAUCACUGGGAUUAUGAAUGAUGGGGUGCAAAUGCAGAACCUGUUACCCCUAUAUCUCUUGUUGGUUAGUCCUGUUUCUGACGUUGUAGUAGCAGAGCAUUCUGCAGUUUAUCGCAUCAAUCGGGGACGUAUUCUUACUACUUCCAGCAAAUUUGAUGGAAGGGACCUAACACAAGCCAACUUUGAGCUCCCUGAAAUUAAUAAGCUUUCAUCUGAUGCUAGAGCUGCGAAACUUGCCCUCUUACUUGUCUCCUGUGGGGGCACAGGAAGUUCUGUAUGUGGUGGUGGUUUAGACAAAGACAGUUUGGAUAAAGCUUCUUUUCCUUCAAGUUUUGGAGGAUACUGCCUAUGGGGAAAGAUAUCAUUAGAGUCACUCUAUAUGUCAUUGGCAAAGUGUGGAAACUUGAUUUCAACGCAUAGUGCUGAGAUGCUGUCAUCUGUUGCUAUGCACUCUUGCUUCUUGGAGCCCGGCUGUUUGGAAGAAGGCAAUUCUAUAUCUUUCAAGAUUCCUCAUAACUCCAGAGCUAUGGACUUAUUGCAAAAAGUACAAGUUAAUAUUUCUGUACAAGAGGUUGGGGCAGCAGAAAGAUCUCCUUAUAAUUCGUACAAAUAUAACAAUAUACCCGCGUUAUCACUGCCCCAUAUCAUGCGGUUGAGAGCUGGAAAUGUCAUUUUCAACUACAGAUAUUAUAACAACAUACUACGAAAGACUGAAGUAACUGAAGACUUCUCAUGCCCCUUUUGCUUAAUGAAGUGUGCAAGCUUUAAGGGUCUUAGCUGUCACUUGUGCUCGUCGCAUGACCUAUUCAACUUUGAAUUUUGGGUGACUAACGAUUUUCAAGCAGUAAAUGUCUCUGUGAACACUGAUAUUUGGAGAUCUGAGGCGGCAUGGUCGAAAGCCUCGAAAUCGUGUCAAAAUGAGAUUGUUGCAGAUGGUGUUGACCCAAGGGUGCAAACAUUCUUCUUCCGCUCAAAGCCACGGAAGCGUAGAAGAUUAACAAACCUUGGUCAAAAUGCGAAGCAUGUACAUCCACAAGGCUUGAAUUCAGAUUCAACUGAAGUAACUAAGGAUGGUACUUGUGAGGGGCUUAUCGGAAAGGGUGCUUGUAUAAGCUCUUACCCUUUGCCCACUACGACAUCAAAAGUUGCUGAGCCUUCCAAUCAAUUUUCUCUUAAAAGAUCUGAGAAAGAUGCUCUUUCCAAUAAAGAAGAAAAGGAGAUGGCUCAUGGAGCAGUUUUCAGUGAGAAAAAUUUACGGAAUGAAAACCAUAAGGCGGAAAGCAAUGCUACUGAGAGUCUUUGUGCUACAGAUAGCACAGAACGUGUUGCAUCUAGCCCUAAUGUAAUAGGCCUUUCAACUGCUACAGUUCAAUCUUCUGUGGGCCCUGAAUGUGUUCAACCCAUAUCUGGAAGCAACCAUGCACCCAUUGCCUUUGCAAAGACCAGAAAGUUGUCUGCUGAACGGUCUGACCCUAAAAAUCGGACACUCUUGCAAAAGCGACAGUUCUUCCACUCCCACAGAGCUCAGCCAAUGGCAUUGGAGCAAAUAUAUUCAGAUCGGGAUAGUGAGGAUGAAGUUGAUGAUGAUAUUGCAGAUCUUGAAGAUAGAAGGAUGCUUGAUGAUUUUGUUGAUGUGACCAAAGACGAGAAACAAAUCAUGCACCUUUGGAACUCAUUUGUAAGGAAACAAAGGGUCAGAACUAUGGACACUAGCAGAAAAUUGAUUAGAAGUCGCUCUAUAUAGUUCAAAGCAGUGACUUUUUGUACUUCUCAAGAGUAAGGAGGAAAAACAAAGAAAAAAGAAUAGGCCAUGGCUUCUUGUUGAAGGGAGUGGUUAAUGCGAGACUAGUUGGGUUGGUUUGAAUUCUGGUUGAAACCAUGGCCUUGGUACAAGAGAAAGCUCAGAUUUGGUUUUGUGAACUAGAUAACUUUUAUUCACUAUGUGGGGCUCUGCUUGGAAUCAGCUUGGAAGGGUCUAUACACUUCUUGUGGUUCCGAGAGUUCCAGAUGUUCGGGUUUCUCAUCUUCAGCAGAUCAUGGGUCUCUUUAGUUUGGUUACUAUAUUUUAUUUCUUAUCUGGUGGUGUAGUCAGGAUUGGACAAUCUUAUAAAUCCUUUCCUGCGUAGUGUUUAUUUCUUUGUUUCCAGAUUUUCUGAUUAGAGUAUGAAACUACCUCUUAGCCUAUGGUUUGAGGAUAGAAUACUUUUUCAGUUUUAUUUACUAUCCCUUUAUGAGUAA